UAAUUCCCUUUUCAUGUGCUUCACACUUUCAGCUGAAUAUUCACCGUUUCAAGGUUAUCGCCCGUUUCGGUCUCAUGCAUGUUGUCGCUACCAACAUUUGCGUUUGGAUACGCACGCUCGUCAAGGAAUCAUUGCUCGAAAUCACCCUUCAUCAUCAACGUCGCGAACCCGAUCCCGAUGCCUCGUCCAUUGCCCAGUCCAUACGCCAACAUGCAUUACGACAUGCUGGCACAGUUCUGCGCACACACGCCGGACCAAAUGAGCAAUUUGAGGUACUGGACGGCGAGGACUUACUUCCCGCCAAUGCCUACAAAACCGACAAUGUGCUCUCGAAAUUGGUGCGCAAAACUGUUGAUGGCAUCUCCAAGUCGUUCGGCAUGGGCGCUGCUGCAGGCGCCAAUGCCAAUGCAGCGCUCACCACGCUGCUCACAUCCACCACCAGACCCACGACCAUCACCACCACAACCACUACCCCUCGUCCUUAUUUCACCACACCAUCGUAUCAGUGGCAAAGCACUACUAUGGCACGCAAGUUGAAGAAGUUUAUCACGAGCACAACAGCUGCCACGACCACAACGUUGGGCACCACGCCUGCCAUACCAUCAACUACAACGCUGGCGAGCAGCCCUUUAACAACAACCACCACCACAACAACCACGACCACUGAGGCACCCUUCAGACAUCACUUUGAGCAUUCGGCAUUUACGACUGGUGCCCCAAGCGUUGCCACCGAUUAUCUUAUGUCCACACACGGCGCUCUUAUUGCCGACUCGCCAUCUACUACUGCCGAGACUAUGUCCUCUAGCAUCGGUUCGAGUAUUGGCUCGUUCUUUAAUAGUUUAAUAUCGUCGACGCCUAGCACCACCGUUAGCACAACCACACCCUCCACUACCACUGAGAAUGCUUUGAAUGUGAUGACCAACUUGCUUGGUCCCGGCAUGAAUAAUUUCCAAACCUACUCGGGCAUCUCCCACCCAGAGUCGACUGGCAUAGUGAGUUUUGAAAAUAUCGAGAGCCUCGAUAAUAUCUAUCCCGCCGCAUUGUCCUCCAACAUUGGUACUUUGAAUUCGACCGCUUGUGGACGUGUCGAUAUUAUGGGCACAAUUGUCUACGAUUCGGCACCUUUCCUGUAUCCCUUCAUUAUCGAAUACUCACUGAUUGGCGCUGUUGUCUUGUAUGUGAUGUGGAAGCAUAUCGGACGUUAUCCGGGUCGUAUGAACGACGAGGAUUUGGAGCAUCGUUUGGAAGUGAUGUUAUCACGUCGCGCUGUAGCAAUGGCGCAUCAGGCCCGUUCCGGACGUGUCGAUUGCGUGGGCUCGUCGAAAGGGUUGUUCUUUGGUCUGUUGUUGCUGGUAGGUGCUUUGAUUUGCCUGAUACUCUUCUUCGUCUUGGUGCGUCAUCAGCAGUUCUCGCUGCUAGCAAUUUACCUUGCCGACGCAAGUCACUGUAUACUCAUGGCAUUCGCUGUGCUCGCCAUCAUCAUUGGUUUUAUAAGAGUUAAAAAUUUGAAAUUCCGCUGUGAAGAGCAAUCCAAUCUUAACGACAUUCUACUACGCAUUUCCGCUUUUGGUCUCUUCACCUACUCGGUAUUUGGCGUUAUUGCCGGCAGUUUAAAGGCGCUCGAAAGCGAACCAAAUCUUCUAGUCAUGACCACAAGCGCUGUAGCGGUAUUCCAGGUGAUCUUACAAUUGCUCUUCAUAGCCGAUGUCUCGCGUCGUCGCGUUCACUUGCCCGAACAUGAUCGCAGCAAACCGGGCCGUCAGAUUGUCACAUUCCUAUUGAUCUGUAAUGUGGCUAUGUUUGCUAUUUACACGUUUGAAGCUCAAAAAGUAUUCGCCAAUCCUGUUCAACUAGACUUCUACGGCUUUGUGCCAUGGUCAAUAAUUCAGCGCGUCACACUGCCACUUUGCAUUUUCCACCGCUUCCACAGCGCUGUAACACUCGCCGAAAUCUGGAAGACAACGUACAAGGCACGCUUGGAAUAAGGAAACACGCUGGAUCUAGAAAAUAUAUUCAUGAGGAGAGCUGAUCAAAGUGUAAUGAAAGAAAUUGAGUAAACAGCAAAGAAACUGCCAAACUGCAAAAAGGUACCAAAAAGCAAGAAAAUAAUGGAUCGGAGGAAAAAGAUAUUGGUAAACGUGAAAUGCGGAAAAAAAUUUCAAACGAACCAGAUGAAUUGUACGAAAAAAUAUAGAAGAGAAACAGCGUAAAAUAGUUAAAAUUUAAUACAGAAAAAAGCAAGCAAAAAUAUGUAUGUAAUAACAGGAAUAGCCGUGCGAAGAAGCUAGGCAGCAGCAGUGUAGGGUCAAAAAAGGACUUGAGGUCAAGCAAUUUGAACCAUUAAUAAAAAGGUUACUCGCAUACGCAACCAUACACAGCCACAAAUACACCAUAAACAUGCAACAGCUAUGCAAUGCUAAGCAACAUGAACAUGAACUUACACUCAGAAAAAUGCAUAAUACAUA